AUGAAUCCUGAUGCUACACGAUUUCCUACAGUUUACGAAGCAGGAAUGUUUUACGUUGCAAAGGUUGGAUUAGGUAGUGAUCAGACAUGGCUUCAGUGCGAAGGUGUCGUUAUAGCUUUUGUUCAAGAUAUGCCACUUUAUCCUUGGAACUUGUCAACUACAUUUCAUCUUGUUCCUUGUAACACACCUGAAUGCCCGCAAGGUCACUGCAAUGAUGGUGGUCAAUGCAUUUACAUAGCAGCCUAUGCCAGUGGAUCAGCUACAUCUGGUGUUGUUGCUAAAGAGACGUUCACUCUAGACUCUAACACUGAUGCCGUCGAAAAUAUCGAUUUACACGUGAGUUGCGGUCUCCGCCAAGAUAAUUUUGAUCGUUUGUUUGGUGAUAAUCAUUCACGUGGCAAACCUAAUAUGAUUGCAGGAAUGCUUGGUUUAGGGAAAGGCCAAUGGUCUUUUUUAAAUCAAUUUGGUACUGCCCGGACAAGGUUCGGUGAAGAUGCGACAAUUGGAUUCGCAGCUCGAAACGUACAUGCAACUCCUAUUGUGGUGCGGGAGCAAUUUCGGACGACAUACUAUUACUUAAAUCUAGAAGAUGUUAGUUUACGUGACAAAACAGUAGGAUUUCCUAGAGAUACCUUCAAGCUUAACGAUCAAGGUGAAGGUGGUGCUUUGAGAGAUUCUGGUGCUAGACUAUCUUUAUGUAUAGAGAUCAUUUUGACAUAG